AUGUCCUCCCGCUCCCGCCCAAAGAGGGCAUCCGCAGCCGACACUCCCACCGAGGGAACGCCCCGCACUCGCCGCAGACGCGCUCAGCUCGAGUACGACGAGCCCGCCAUUGAAGAAGACGAGUCCCUGGAUGAAGAUGCCGAAGGAGAGAUAGAGGAAGAGGAAGACGACGACGAGUCGGAGGACGUCGCGCCCCAAACAAAGAAGCGAGGCAGGCCCAAGGGAUCGCUUAACAAGAAGACCCUCGCAAAGGAUGGAGAGGAAGACGAUGAGGAGGAGGACAAGGCUUCGUGGCGGAGAGGGCGAAAGAGCGUCAGCUACAAGGAGAUUCUUCCAGGGGAGGCAUUUCAAGAAGAUGAUGAGGAUGAGGACGACGACGACGACGAGUCACAUGGCGGCAAACGACGAGGACGCCCACCUAAACGAGCCGCUGGCGAAGAUGAUGGGGAUGACGAGCGAGAUGGCUCUUAUAAGAAGGAGAAGAUCCCUGGUGGUUCAGGUCGAGGCGGGUUCAGUGUCAAAGGCGCUGCCGCUGCUGCUGCUCGAGCUCGUUGGGAAAAGGUCAGACGGGAGAAGGCAGAGAGAGGCGAGGAAGAUACACCAAAGCCCAGCAGAAAAUCAAACAAUGUCGUGAGAAAGCACGCCAUUGGUCCGCCCGCGGAUUAUCAGAUGGGCACAACGGUCACAAUCAAGGGCGAGGAGUACACGGUCGGUGACGACGAGCUGGUUGUUGCCAGCGACCCCAAGGGUGACACCAAAAUCGAUGAAUGUGGCCGCUUGCUGGGUGGAAGAGAGUACAAGCCUGUCACCUUUACCUCCACUGAACGCCGCAAUUCCGACCGCCUUUACGCCCUCACUAUCGAUGCUGCCCGAGCCUGCGGCUAUGGCGACUCUCUGGCGUUCUUGCGCAGAUAUCCUACCAUUCUCAAGCUGUCGUGUACAGCUGGAGAGAGGCUGAAACUCAUCGACUUGAAUCGCAUUUCAGGCAAUUUAAAACACCGCCAGGUGACCAUGGUGGCUUUGCGUAAUGUCUACAAGGCCAUGGGUGCAAAGGUCGUCAAAAAUGGCAGGCAUGUGGUUGACGACUAUUACGAGGACCGAGCUGCAGCCGAAUGUGCCGCGGAAGGUAUCGAACCGGGAUCCCUGGUGCCCGAAGAGGAAUUCAUUCAAAUCGCCCAAAAUACCGGCGACCGCGGCGCGCGCGCUGCUGCCAACGAGUCUCGAACACUCGCUAGCUUGUCUGCUUUCUACACUGCCGGUGGUCUUACUACGCAAUUCGCCAGCAAUGGUAUUGAUCCUUGGACGGACGGUGGAUGGGGCAACAAACGAAGCAAGCUGAAGACCGCUGGCGUAACGGAGGAGGAUUGGAUGUACAAAACGGCCGAGGAGAGCCGGCUUGUUGACGAGCAGCUCAAGGGCUUCAGGGCCGAAAGGCUUCAGGUACUGGAGGGAGUGGAUGGUGCCAGAGGCUGGGUGUUUGCUGCGGAGAAGGAAGCGGAAGGAGAUAAACAUCGUUUCAUUGGUGUGGAAAGCUCUAGCGAAAUCAAGAAGAGUGGGCUUUCGAAUGAAGUGGUAAUGGGAGACGAGGGGACUUCACAAACAGGAGGCGAUGUCAUGAUGGAUGAGCCGCCUAAAGAAGCGGGUGCAAUCAUUGUGGAAAAGGAGGGCCACGUUUCGAGCACGCACAAUUGGGGUUUGGGAAGAAAAUGGCAGGCUGGUGUCAUUAGAGCAGCCUACGAGCCUCACACGAAUACACCUCAUGUCCCCCAAUCGACUCAGCCUUCCGGCAAUGCUGUCCAGCAGCUCAGCUCGAAGCCUAUCCUCUCGGCCUCCUCCAACCUCUCAAAUCUUCAUCAUGUCCAACCUACUUUUGCCGGUUCUGCUACUAGAGGGCUUGCUAGUGUAGAGUAUGUGCUCGAGAAGGUGGAGGAAACAGAGGUGCAGAAGAGGUCAAGAUUAGUGCAGGAAGCCGAAGAGUGGGAGAAGGCUUCGCGAGCCAAGCAAGCUGCUGUGUAA